AUGUCUUCCCUGCAAGGAUUACCCCCGUUACCAAGAAGCUUGAGUGGCUUCAAUUUGAGCGGUCGCGGCGAGAGCGGCGAGAGCCCACGAGGUCGUCCAUUUGGUCUACGGCAGCUCGAUCUCUCAUUGUUAUCACAAUUGUGGUCCUUGAACGAGUCGAUCCAGGAGUUCCGGCAACUGCUGCAGGAGCAGGAGGACCGAGCGCCUUCGCCAUCACCCAGCAGCGAGGAGGGAGAGGAUGCGACUUAUGGGGUGCAUCCGCCGCCACCACCGAGAAGACCUGCACCUACGCUGCAUCAUCGACCGCCACGACCUCCCAGGCCACCCAGGCCAUCAGCCAGUGACGAAUCGCCGUCGAGUGAAGAAUACGGGGCCGUUUGA